GGAAUGCGAGGCUGGAGAGCCGGGGCCCGGGCCCGACCCUAAGAGGGUGAGGCUGGCCCGGGGGCAGAGAUGCGAGUGGGUUGAGGGGCAGCCCCGAGAAGGAGACGCUCCCAGGGGUGGCCGGAAGGUGCUCUCAGGGCGCCUCAGCCCAGUCGGAGGCCUCUGGAGGAACCGCACGACGGCCCCGAGAGUGACCUGGCCAGAGGGACCGAAGACAAAGAGGCCGGAAUCCCGCACCCGCCGCUCCUUGAGCCGAGUCCCGCUCCCGCGAACCCCGCAGCACCCGGAGCCUCUGGCCAGCAACCGAACUCGUCCUCAGGAGACCCAUUACUACUGCCCCCCUCGGACUCCCUCUCUCCACCAACUCAGUGUGACUCCCCACGCCCACCGGCCCUCGCUUCAGGAACCAAAACCAAUCCUCCCAAUGCGCGAGGUUUCCUGUCAGUAGUGCCCGAAUAGUUGCUGAGCGGUUACUUACGCUGUGAGGGAAAACGAAGAUCCAGUAUUCAGUACUUGAUUUUUGUCCCGGGUGGGAAUUGGUAGCUGUGUAGUCUGAGGGGGCGGGGAGGAUGUAAAGGGCCUCCGGAACGACUGCGGAGGUACUGGGGGAGAUCGGCAGCGACCCGCUUGCCUUCAGCAGGAUGGUGACUUGCCUUUAGAGCCUCUCAAGCUCCAGGUCUCCCCUAUGGUUCGAACUCACUAUGCAACAUUGGUCAGGGGAGCUAAAUGGGGUCAGGUUUGGGGGGAGGUGGAAGAAGGGCAGACAAUACUUUAUACUUUGCUGCUUCCCUGGGCUCCUUGGAAGUCACCCAGAAAUGGUAGCUUUUGAAAGGUCUCUCCAUGCUGUUUUGGCUUGCUGUCCUUAAGCUGGUGCUACCUCAGAUGGCCACAUGGAGUAUAUGGGAACUCAGGCCAGCUCUUGGCAAGACUUUAGACAUAUGAGUGUAUUUCUUCUGAUAGUGCCAUCUCUCUCUACCCUAGGAGGAAACUCUUCUUACAGUUGAGAGACUCAUCUGCAGGUGAUUCUCCAAGGACAUGGGAAAAUAGGUGUAAGCCCUCGAACCCUUAAGUGGAGGGGAGCUGCUUUCUGCUGUGAAUGAUGGCCAAACCCACUCUGAGAGGGAAUGGCACUAACUCUGAGACGUUCCGACAGCGCUUCAGGAGAUUUCACUACCAGGAGGUAGCUGGGCCCCGGGAGGCUUUCAGCCAACUCUGGGAACUUUGCUGUCGUUGGCUAAGGCCGGAGGUCACAGUCUCUGUGAAGGGGCAGGAAGUGCGCUUGGAGAAGAUGACACCCCUGAAAUCAUCACGAGAGUUAUUAAGUGUUCGGCAGGAGUCAGUGGAACCCCAGCCCAGGGGUGUAACCAAGAAAGAGAGGGCAAGGAGCCCAGACCUGGGACCACAGGAGCAGAUGAACCCAAAGGAGAAGCUCAGACCUUUUCAAAGGAGCGGAUUUCCAUUUCCUAAAUCCGGUGUGGUCUCCAGGUUGGAGCAAGGAGAGCCAUGGAUCCCUGAUCUGGGCUCCAAGGAGAAGGAACUCCCAAGAGGCAGUCACACAGGAGAUAGACAAAUGCAUGCUGAUCUGUUAUCACCCAAGAGAGAGAGAAGAAGCUGGGUGGACCAGGAUCACUGGGGCUUUGAGGAUGAGAAGGUAGCAGGUGUGCACUGGGGCUACGAAGAGACCAGAACUCUCCUUGCAAUUCUCAGUCAGACUGAGUUUUAUGAGGCUCUCCGAAACUGUCAUCGAAACAGCCAAGUGUAUGGGGCUGUGGCUGAGCGGCUCCGGGAGUAUGGCUUCCUUCGGACCCUGGAACAGUGUCGGACCAAGUUCAAGGGUCUCCAGAAGAGCUAUAGGAAAGUCAAGAGUGGUCAACCACCUGAGACCUGCCCCUUCUUUGAAGAGAUGGAGGCCCUGAUGAGUGCCCAGGUCAUCGCAUUGCCCAGUAAUGGCUUGGAAGAGGCAGCCUCUCACUCUGGCCUGGUAGGCAGCGAUGCCGAGACUGAGGAGCCAGGGCAAGGGGACUGGCAGCAUGAGGAAGUGGAAGAAGCUAUGGCUGAAGAGUCUGACAGUGAUGAAAUGGGCCAGGAGGCCACCCCCCAAGACCCUGACAACUCAACUGCACCUGUUCUUUUUCGAAGCCCAAGUGGUGUACACUGGGGCUAUGAAGAAACAAAGACUUACCUUGCAAUUCUUAGUGAGACUCAGUUCUAUGAAGCCCUCCGGAAUUGUCACCGCAACAGCCAGUUGUAUGGAGCAGUGGCUGAGCGGUUAUGGGAAUAUGGAUUCUUAAGGACACCAGAGCAGUGUCGGACCAAAUUUAAAAGCCUACAAACCAGCUACAGGAAAGUCAAGAAUGGCCAAGCACCAGAGACCUGUCCCUUCUUUGAAGAGAUGGAUGCUUUGGUGAGUGCCAGGGUUGUUGCCCCACCCAGUGACAGCCGGGAAGAAGAGACAGCCUCUUGUCCCGUCCAGGAGACCAGUGAGACCGAAGCUGAGAAGCAAGCUGAGGCGGCAGAAGAGACCAUAGAAGAAGAUUCUGAAGAUGAUGAAGAGGAUACUGAGGUACCCCUGGGGGUUGUCAUGACCCGUGCUCCAGUCUUAUUCCAGAGCCCCAGUGGUUUUGAGGCUGGAUUUGAUAAUGAAGAGAAUCUAAAACGAGAUAUUUCUGAAGAAGUACAACUACAUAGAACAUUACUUGCAAGGUCUGAAAGGAAAGUUUCCCGGCAUCUUACUCAGGGUAAAGGUGGUGAGAGUGAAUGUAGAUCAGGACAACAGUGGGAAAAGACCCCAGGGGAGAGAAGAGGAAAACCAACACCCCCCGAGAGGAGUCUAGGUAAAGUUCUAAAUCAUCAGAGACCUUACUUGGGAGAGAGACCCUGUAAAUAUCUCAGAUACAGCAAAAGCUUUGGUCCCAACUCCCACCUCAUGCAUCAGAUAUCUCAUCAAGUGGAAAAUCCAUAUAAAUGUGCUGACUGUGGGAAAAGCUUCAGUCGGAGUGCACGCCUCAUUAGACACCGGAGAAUCCACACUGGAGAGAAACCUUAUAAGUGUCUUGACUGUGGGAAAAGUUUCCGUGAUAGUUCAAACUUCAUCACCCACAGGAGAAUCCACACAGGAGAAAAACCGUAUCAAUGUGGUGAGUGUGGAAAAUGCUUCAAUCAGAGCUCAAGCCUUAUAAUUCACCAGAGAACCCACACAGGAGAAAAGCCCUAUCAAUGUGAAGAGUGUGGAAAAAGCUUCAACAAUAGUUCUCAUUUCAGUGCACAUCGGAGGAUACACACAGGAGAGAGACCCCAUGUGUGUCCUGACUGUGGAAAGAGUUUCAGUAAGAGUUCUGACUUACGUGCACAUCAUAGGACCCACACAGGAGAGAAACCCUAUGGGUGUCAUGACUGUGGCAAGUGCUUCAGUAAAAGUUCCGCUCUUAAUAAGCACCGAGAGAUCCAUACACGAGAAAAACUUCUGUCACAGUCAGCACCUAAGUAAGCCCCUGAGAAUUUAAAGAAAAGAUAAAUGCAUUGAAAUUGUUUGAAAAAGUCUUCUAAUAGUGAUGGUCUCCUAUUCCCUGCCCAACUAGCUUAGGAAACACUCUUAGAUUUACCCCACUCUGUUCCCAUGUUUUUCCUGGAUCUAUCAAUUCCUAAGGUAGUCAUCUUAAGAAUGACAGGAAGAUUUCAGUCCCUCUCCUUGCCUUCAUUGGAAAUGACAGAUAACACUUUUACCACUCAGUGCCUAUGUUGUUCCCUUAAUAGAGAGGAUGCAGUAGUAGAUCCCAUGUAUUUAUUUAUCCUGUUAUUCAGCUGCAUUUCAACUGGAAAAACCUAUCACAGCAGCAUUUCAGGGAGUUGUGAGACUUUUCUGAGUGGGUCUAGCUCUUUAUGCAAGAAAGUGGCAUUUCCUGUUCACAUAAGCCUGUGCUCAGAAUGACAUUUUCAUGCACACUCUUCAUUUACCUUAAAGGAGAGUUUAAUAUCCAUCUUGGUUCUGACCUAUGAAUCAUCUUAUCAAAAGCGUAGGUGUUCUAUAUGGGGAAACAGUGUAAACCUUAUAUAAAUAUUGAGGUGUGAACCCUGGAUUUCUUUAUUUUUUCUAACCCCUAGAAGAUCUGGAAUAGAAUAAUACAUUUAGAGCAUCUAGUUUGAUUUUUUUUUUUCCUUCUGUUCCGUCUCAAUCUGAAUUUCAUCUGUCCCUUCUGGUCCAGUAGUGCAAAGAGCAAGCCAGAUGGAUAUGCUGAUAUGAGAGAAGGCAGUUAGAGCUGCCAAUAGGGGAUUUUCUGCAUUCCACACGCUCCAAACACCUAGUUUAGUGUUAUACAGCACCCCAGGGCGCUCAAUACUAACCUGCACUGAGCAGAAACCACUGCCAUGUACCCAUGGAUUAGGAAACAGACCACUCUGUGCCAACUCUUUACCCUAAUAGCAAGGAGGACAGAUUAUCUUUGGUCACUGGAGUUGCCAAUACUCGCACACAUGCAUGUGCACAUACUCAACUGUAUAGAUCCAUUUUUAAAAGUUCUUCAAACACAAGUGUAAUUCUGAUCUGUAUAAUCAAAUAGUACUGAAUUAAUUGCCCAUCUAUUCAUAGUAGUAUGAUGAGCCCUAUACAGCACAAGGUAAACAGACCCUGUCCUUGUUCUUACAGUCUAAAACAGAUGACACUGACAUGGACAAAUAAUAAAUGCACAUGUAGAGCUGCAGCAGUUUUAGAGAAAUCUAGAAAUCUAGUAACAUUUUGCAUAAAUGUUAAGGUCUAAUGCAUUAUAGUUUUCUAUAAGAAAAAUGUGGGAGGUAUUUUCUUUUUAUUCAGGAAGGCUUCAUGAAACAGCAAGUGUUCAAAGGAAGGAAAGUUACCAGGUAAAUUAGGGUGGGAUGAACUCUCCAAAACUAAUCACAAAACUAAGUGCUGAGUGGGUGAGAAAUGGGAAAAUUCGAGAGCAAGGUGUUUUAUGCAGAUGGAGCCCAGGGCAAAAGACAGACUGUAAGGAAAGUUAGACAAAGCUUGGAGCAGCACAAAAUCUGAGGAAUAGUAUGAUCUAGGCUAUGCACAAGGCAGAGAACUGCCUUAACUGGAACAUGGAGUGCCAGAGGCAGAUCAGGAGGUGGUGGUCCCAUCCACCUAUAAUAAAUCAGAUACUGUGCUGUACUUUUUGAUGAAAGAGCCAGCUCAUACUGGGGAAGAAUGAGCAGUUUAGGAGACUAGCUCCUAUGGGAGACAAAGGUCAGAAAUUAGUAUCUUGAGAAGAUACUUCAGUGGGCAGGUCUGAGGAAGGAGGAAUGUGAACAGAUGGCCAAGGCCUGGGAUAAGUAGCUGUUUCAUAUUCACAUUUAAUCAGUCCUGUGGCUGGAAUGAGAUAUCAAAGAGGAGUGGGGAGACAGAAUAUUCUGUAAUUCAUAGCUUGCUGUGUUAGAUGAGAGGUUGAUUAGGGUUCUUGUGUUGAGGGAUCCUACUACAAAAAAUCUCCUAAUGUUUAUUAGGAGGAGAUAGUGUCUCAAUUAUGUGGCCUAAGCAGACAGGAAGAUAGAAGAAACAUUAGUCUAAAGCAGUGCCUCAGGAUCUGAGAUGGUUUAGUAAGUAUGUUUUUAAAUGUGUGUUUUUUGAUAUGAGAGAUUACUGUCUUUAGUAUAUUUAUGGAAAGUUGUGUGUAAAAAGCACUGGUUUGGGUAUCAGCAGAUAUGAAUUCUGGUUCCAGAUGUCUUGUGUGUAAGUCAACCUGUUUCCAUCUCCCUUUCUGUAAAGCAGAAUAAUGUUUACACCUUAAUCUGCCUCUCAGGGAUACCAUGUUAAUAAAAAUUACGUCUAUAAAGUA